AUGUGUUUAAGACACUAUACAACUCAGGAUCUCAAACAUCGCUCUCGCAAGCCCUUCCAUUGCGCGUAUCAAUACCUUCUCGGGAGUCGACCCCAAAUAGAAGCCAUUGCCGCGAAAGAUAAACUUAUCCAAUCUAUCUCUGGGGAGGCCUCCGACGCUGGCGGUUUUGAAACCCAGUAUCAAAUCGAACAUGGAUUGCAUUUAGAACUGGCCCGUGCAGCGAAUCGGUCUGGCUCCAGAAUUUCGUCCUCUACGGCAGGUUUUAACCGCCAUCGCGCCAACCCAUAG